GUAGUUAUCUUUGAAGAUGUGCUGGUUGAUCAGCAGUCAGGAGAGCAAGAUAACACAACAGUAGAUAUCAUUAUUUUAAGAUCUGGGAAUGUAGCGAAAGCGACGGAGAUCAUAACUACAUUUUGAUUUUUCGCUUUAUCACCCUGACAGGGUAACAAACCCUGAUUACAUUUGUUUUUUGGAAAGAGGACCUGCUUGUGAUUUGGAAGUCCACUGGAAUAGCGUCCAGCUAUCCUCGCUGACAUGCAACUCUGCGUCUGAAAUUGCAACAAACCUGGACUCCUGGAUAUAUCUAACUGGAUUUACACAUACCGAGGAGUCUAGCGCCUUUAACAUCCACGUAUCUUAAUGUAGCCGAAGUUAUGUGGUGCUUUCGUUUAGCAGAGCUGCCUGGUUAGCUCGCUAGCUCGUCGGCUCGUUGGUGCGGCUGCAAGCCGAGGACGUGGCGUUAAAGGUCGGCGUGCCUUCUAACGCCAUGCCGCUGGUCGAAAGAGGCCUACUGGUAGUGGCAGUUCAAUUUAGCUAACGUUGGCUGGAUGUAGCAGGCCGCCGCAAAUUGUACUUAUUCGGUUUGUCACAGUUGUAUUUGUGCUUCAGUUUGAACGUAGCCAUGCGACACAAUUGAAAACAAAAUAUAUGGAGAGGAUUAGUUAGAUUGGAGCAUCUGCUAGAAGCUCCACAUGUAAACAAGCCUGACAGUGUGCGGGUCAGAGUCUCUGGUUGCAGGUUAGCACUAAAUAUUCAAGUUAAUCCUUUGUUGUUAUCUGUAACAGCAGUGCUAGGUGUUAAAGUUAAGGUCUAAGUGACUCCGUUGACUUAAGUAAUGGGCUCAGAAGUCACGGAUGCUGAUCUACUGUACUGUCAGACAUUUCAGCCAUUCAUCCAUGCUUAAUGACCCUUUAGAAAGCAGACUGUCUUAUUUCCAUUUUCACUACAGCGAAACCACAACAUUAAGCCACUAAUAUUUCCUGCUUUUGUCAUUAUCGGGUAAAUACUGACAGCUUUUUUUUGGUUAGUUUUAACAGCACUUUAUGUACGGCUGACCUCACGGGAAAUCCUACAGUGUAUGGGAACAUGAGGGACUGUCUGUUUGAUCUGAACCAGCAUCCAAGUAGCUUCAAGGACUGAUCAAAGCACAACACAGAGCCCCAUUGUGUGGACUACUAACUAAAAGGGGAAAGACGUGGUGAUGAAGAUAAGAGAGGCCCAGUGACCGUGUUUGAUCCCAACACCAGGAAGAAGAGGAGUGCAGACAUGAGCCUCCGCCAGCCCACAUCCACCCUGGACAGCCCCUUUGCUGCUUGGCUCAGCAGUCUGACAAUCGGGGAUUCGGAGCGCAGAGCUCCUGCAAGCCAACAGAGAGAGCUGACGGCAGACGAGAGUGCAAGUCCUGGUCUGGUCCAGAGGUGUGUGGUGGUGCAAAAGGACCAACUUGGUUUCGGCUUCACUGUGUGCGGAGAGAGAAUCAAGCUUGUGCAGAAUGUCCGACCAGGUGGCGCUGCAGUCAAAGCUGGGGUUCAGGAAGGCGACCGGAUCAUUAAGGUGAACGGCUCUCUGGUGUCCUCCAUGACCCACCAGGAGGUGGUAAAGCUCAUAAAAUCUGGACCGUAUGUCGCACUGACACUACAAGGGCAGCCCCCAUCAGCCACCUCUGUGCCGUUGGAGCCCCUCCUUACAGACCCUGCACCCAAUCAGAGAUCUUCUCUGGCUGGGGAGGGUCAGCCCCCUCCACCUCCGCCCUUACCGUCUGGACCAGGCAGUACCCCAUCCCAAAGAAUCACUGGACCCAAGCCGCUACAGGAUCCAGAAGUGCAAAAACAUGCAAGUCAGAUACUCAGGAAAAUGCUGGAGCAGGAAGAGGCUGAACUCCAGGACUUGAUGGACGAGCGGUUGAGAAAACCGUCACCAUCGCUGGAGGAGCGGAUUGAAAGCGCCAAGAGGAGAGCUCACCAAGUCAGGGUCAAGAUUCAGAAUCAGGAGGGAACGCAGUCAGAAUCUGUCACAAGCUACAUCCAAGCAGGAGAAGGACGCCUGUCGAUGGACUCCAGUGAAGGAGACUUGGAGUCCCCGUUCCUUCAGGCCUUAGAGAGUCCCAACUCCUCCCCCUCAUUACCCUUCAGGACCCACUAUGACCGACGCCAGAACUCGGACACACACACCCUGUCUGACAUGGGUGUAAGUUCUCAGAUCAUCUGCCCUGAGGACCUAGAUGAAGAUGAUGAUGGCUAUGCAUUCAAUGAGAUGGACGGUCCCUUCCAGGACAUUGAGUUGUUGAAGUCACGACCGGCACACAUGACGGUGUUCAUGAGAUACGUCUUCGCCCAACUGCUGGACCCCAACCCUCUGCUGUUUUAUCUGUCUGUAGAAGCUUAUUUAGGCUCCAGCUCUAAAGACGCCCGUGCACUUGCACCUCAGAUCUGCUCCCAUUUCCUGGACCCAGAUGCUCCUUUGAAAAUCAAAGCGCGAGAGGAAUAUCUAACAGAAAUCGAGAAUCGCCUUCACGCCCAGGAGGACAUCAGGGGGCCUCUGUCUGAGCUGCAGCAGCAGGUGCUACCAGACAUCCAGGAGCAGAUACAAGACUACAGGAUCAAGCAGAUGAUGGGUCUGGGCUCUCUGUUUGGGGAAGGAGACCUGCAGCAGCUGGACGGAGACCCCCUGAAGGAGAGGCAGGUGGUGGACAGACAGGUCACCGCUCUCUGGGAGAUACUAUCAAAGCACGAAGAGGACAGAAGUUCUCCUCUGGCCUCAGCUGUCGUCCUGUACCUGCGUCACUCCGGCAUCAAGCUCAGAGACUCCAAGGUCUUCCCCGGUCUGAGCACAGAGAAGGAGAAGUGGCUCGCUUUUUUAAAAUCUAAAAAGCCAAGCAGUGUAAAGAAAGAGAAAGAUGGAGAAGAUAAAAGGAGAAACCCCAUCCUGAAGUACAUCGGCAAACCCCGGAGCACAUCUCAGUCUACAUUCCACGUUGCGUUGUCACCCACAGAAGUGCGUCCUGGCAACGUGCAGAACAUCAUUCAGCAGUUUGAGAAUCACACAGAACUUCCAGGAGAGGAGGAGGGGGAUGUUGCGGACCCCCAGACGCUCUCCUUGAGCAGCUUUGGAGAAGAAGGCAUGGACAGUCCGACGGUCUCGGUGGCUCUGGGACGCAGUGGGUCGUUGAAGGCUCAGGGGGAGGAUCGCCGGCGGGGCACCAUCCCCAGUGGGGACUCCGUGCCCCGCUCUCGAAGCGACGUGGACAUGGAAGACUGCGACGAGAGGGAGCCACCAGGCCUCCGGCAGCUCCAGCACAGUGCCUCGUCAUCCGCGUCCAGCAGCUCUGCUCGGUCUCUUGAGAACCCUACACCCCCAUACACCCCCCGGUCCAGACGCAGGAGUGUGGACUCACAGCUAGCCCUGCUGCCAGACGCUGCGGUGCUGGAGGACGAGGUGUGUGACAGUCAGAACUGGCGGGACACGGUUUCUCCUGAGCUCCUGGCCACUCUCAGCUCUAAGGAGGUGGAGCGUCAAGCUGUCAUAUACGAGCUCUUCACCACCGAGGUUUCCCACCUGCGGACCUUACGGGUCCUGGACAAGGUUUUUUACCGGAAGAUGAGAUCUGUGCUGAACUCCGAGGAGCUGGCCUGCAUCUUCCCAAACCUGCCGCAGGUCUACGAACUCCACGCAAGUCUUUGUGAGGAGAUGAAGAAGCAAAGAGAAAGUCCCAUCGUUCAAAACAUCGGAGACGUCAUGCUGGCCAAGUUUGAAGGUGCAGCUGGAAACGAGUUUCAGGAGCAGGCGUCGCAGCUGUGCUGUCAGCAGACUCAGGCCCUGGAGCUCAUCAAGAACAAAAAACGGAAAGAUCCCCGCUUCGCCCAGAUUAUCCAGGAGUGUGAGGCGAGUCCUCAGUGUCGGAGGCUGCAGCUCAAGGAUCUGCUGGUGUCUGAGAUGCAGAGACUCACCAAGUACCCUCUGCUACUCGACAAGAUCAUCAAAUACACAGAGGACGGGUCAUCGGACCUCCCGUCGCUUCAUUGCGCCCAAGCUUGUUGCCGAGGGAUCCUCAAGGCGGUCAACGAGGAUGUGAGGGAAACAGAACACCGGCAACGCCUCAGUCAGUACCAGCGCAGGCUGGAUGCUGCACCUCAGUUCAAGAGUCUGGACCUCACCACAAAGAGAAUGAUUCACGAAGGUCCUCUCAUCUGGAAGGUUAACAAAGACAAGCAGAUAGAAAUCCAAGCGCUGCUGCUGUCAGACUGCCUGGUCCUUCUGCAGAAAGGCCCCGACGAUCGGCUGCAGCUGCGUUAUCCAUCCCGCUGGUUGGGAGGAGGAGGAGGGGUCAGCGUAGACAACAAGACCACCUUCAGCCCUCUGGUGAAGCUGGACUCCUUGCUUGUCCGCUCCGUAGCUACAGACAAGAAAGCGCUGUACAUCAUCAGCACCACGGAGACACAGAUUUAUGAGCUGGUGGCGGGCUCGCCAUCUGAGAAAGACACCUGGAUAGAUUUACUUGAAAAGAACACCGCAGCUUCAUCUCCAAUGCGCAAUCACAGAUCACUUCCUGUGUCUUCUCCCAGUCGACGCAGCACUUCGCCAGUCUUAACUGAAGUCAACCCUGCGGAGGAACAUGCAGAUGUCAUGGAGAGCCAUCCCUCCAACGUUGACCACCUUCCCACCGACCGACCUGAAACUGAUAGCUGUGAUGAGGACCAGGCGGUCUGUGUGGCCGAAGCCGCUCUACACGACGUCGAAACACUACGGAACCUCUUAUUACCAGAUGUGGAGGAGGACAGGUGGAGCCACGAUACAGACGAUACACCCACCAACACCAUGAGCAACAGAAACACUAAGAGACAACAACAGAAGUCCUCGGAGACCGUUCUCCACCUCUGCAUUAAUGAACUGGAGCCCGAGCAGCUGGAGGCUCCGCCCCCAGAGGGCAGACUGCCCAGCGUUAAGGUUGUGAGGAAAGCUGUGGUUGCGGGUGCUCCUCCUUCUUCUUCUGCCCCUGAUGGCAUCACUGAUGAUGUUAGCCUCCCCUCCGAUCUGUCGUCCCAGUCUAGAGGCGAGGCCAACAUGCAGGGGAACAUGUUCUACCUGGUGUUGCCCUCAGAGCAGGGAGAGAGCGCCACUGAUGACCUCCGUGACCCUCCUACACCCACCGCCAGCCACUUCCCUCAGCCUCUAGAGGAAGUGGCGUCAGCACAGACUCAGCCAGAGGAGGAGGCAGCAGACUGCUGCCCAGAGUUCAGCCAAUCAGAGACAGAAACUAUGCAAAUGGAAGUAGAUGUAGAAGAAGAAGAAAUGGGCCCAGCACAAGCUGCACAACAAAGUCACAUGAUCAAAAACGUGGAUGAGAUAUUUCUCACCAUCGAGGGUUUGAUAAGCAAGUUGCACAAGUUGAAGGAAAUUGAGAAGGCCCAUCACAAGCUGCUAGAAUCUCUCAGAGAUCCCUCCUUCAGUCAGGAAUCAGAGGACCAACCGUGUUGCUCCGCGGCCGUCUCCAGGACGCCCUCUAUGGAUCGCAGCUCAGGAGAUGGAAAAGUGGGAAACACAGCAGAGCCCAAAAUCCUGUCAACUGGAUUCUGAGUUGAUUUGUCAUUUUGUGAUUUUGUCAGCUAAUCUCCACAUGCAUAUAAGUUGAACACUAAUACGUCUGGGGGAUCUAAAAAUGCACAUCCAUGUGCCCCUAGUCCAGAAUUCAUGGGAGAUAGCAUGAUGGUGAUUGAUUUUUGUUUUUAAGGAGAAGGAAUGGAAGUUUGGAGAGAGCUAGGAAAAACAAGGAAGAAAUGAAGAGACGUUUGCUGGUAAAGAGAAGGAAGGGGGUUUGAAGAACUGAAGUUGGGGAACAAAAUGACCAAGUUGGAUUCUUGUGAAGGAAAAAAAAAAAAAGACAAAUGAACUUGUUUGUUUGGUUCUGUAGAGCUUUUUGAAGGAACGGAGCAGAGAAGUGUUGAAAUGUUAAGGAAAAUUUCCUAGGGACCCGCCGCCCCAGCACUUUACCCACAAUGCAUCUCUCUCACGUCGUGUUCGGACCGACCAGGGAGAAAAGGACACGACGUUUAACUUCCACCUCGGCCGAAGGACUGUGUCUGAUUAUUUCAGGUCAUUUGCACUGCGUAAGGAAACCAUCAUCACACGAACACAAGCACCACUAAACUCACUAAAUCACUGUGGAAAACUCUCUUUCAUUGAAGCUACAGGAAGGCUGUUCAUCAACAUUACCAAGGCUAUGCUUUAUGAAACACUACUGCUCUGUUUACUACUGAAAAAGCAGGUAGGUUUUAUUUUCUGCUUCCGUGGUGUGGAGGGAUCUGUGCAGAUCUACACAGCUGCUCAGAUCAUGUGAGGUUUGGUCACAUGGGAGGUUUAGAUUCACAAGUCACAACCAAACGUUGGCACCAACAGAUCCUACAACCCUCAGCCCUCAUCCAGUGUUUGGUAUAAAUGUGUAGAGAACUAGAAGAUGAAUACUGUGAGCUGUUCAUUUUGUGCCGACAGAGUCAAGCUUAAAGUUUCAGGAAGAAGUUCAGAAAAGAUUUGGGAGAAAAAUUAUAUUUGGAUAAAGUUCUUUUUAUCUUUGGUAAAUACAAAUACAAGCAUGUUAGCCUGUUAGCUUAGCAUAAAACUGGAACAAGUCACAUGUAAAAAAUAAUGAAAUCACCCACAAGCUCCUCAUCAAACUCACCUAUUUAUACAGAUCACAACCCAGAAAGUCAAAAUUCUGCAGAACCCGUUCCAUUCUUUUUUAUUAAAGCUUGAUUAUUUGUAGUAAUGUUUCUCUGGAGUUGUCAGUAACACAUGGUUAAAACAGAAACGCUUCGGAUGGAACAUCAUUGUUAGCGGACCAACUCCUCUGCGUCAUCGACGUAUGCAGUCAUAAAUGUCAAAAGCAGUGAAGAUCCCCAGCUAUCCUUUUUAUUUUUUGUUUGCGGCUGUGUAACCAACGUUUGAUCAAGGUUUGGCAUUAUGCCAAUAAACUUUGUAAAAGUCAUGUCUCGUUAGCAUUUCCAAAUAUCGGCUCCAAGUCAGUUUGCGCCUUCGCCAAUUCAUAACCCCAUUUUGUACUCAUUCAAAUCUCUCCUACUUCCAUUUCACGCCUCUAAAGAAACCAUUUUAUAUGCAUACAAUUAAAAUUAUUAGUUUAUUUAUAAAUAAUAAGAUGCUCAAAUCUAAUAUAUUUUCAAGUAAAAGUAUAUUAUUUCCACCCUAUUUCCAUUAACUUUGGUUCUGAUGUCUAUUUGGACCAGUUGACUCCCUGAUCGAACCAAAACACCUGAGGGACCUCCUGCCAGGCCUGGAGUCAUAUAACCCAAUUUUCUUACAGUAGAUUAUGAGUGGAUUGCAGAAAAUAGCUGUAAAGAAUCGGUUCUUGAAGAAGGUACCAAUUGAUACAGUCUGUACAAAAUGGUUCCAAAACAGUAGAGCGCAAAAGAACGAAGUGGCGAAGAGGCAAAAUGAUGAGCCAAAAUGUAUGUAUCGGUUACUGCAGUGACCUCUGGGCUUCUUUUGAGUCACCAAAGGUCAAGUAAUCCAGGUCCCAUGUUAGCAUAGGAUGUAGAGUCAAGUUAAUGGUUUUUUGUCGUGAGCUAGCUUAAAUUUGACCUUGAUCUUUGUAGUUCUGGCAUAAAAUGAAAAAUGUGUGUUCCAUCAAUCUGAACUCAGCAAAUAGGGUUUUUUGUACUAAUCUAUAUUUCUUUUUAAGUUACUUCAUUUCUCACAGAAUCUUAUCCGAAACACACAGGAGGGAUUUAUUCUGGGCUAUUUUUUUUUUUUUCAUUGGAAGUGAUUUACAUCUGUCUCUCCCUGUGCUGUUAGAAAACUGUUUCCUGUCUGGGUUAAAAAACAAAAAUACUAAAGCGUUGUUUACACUCUCUGAAGGAGGAACAGGAAGACAGUAGCAUAUGUACAAAUUUAUGAAAUACAGCUAAAAAAAGACUGACUUUUACUGCAGCUGAUCCUGAAUAAACUUGCAAAAGGAAUCGUAAAGUUGGAAAGUGAUCUACUAAAGUGAGGCGUUGAAGGGAACACUUUUUUUUGUUUUAUUUACCAUGUUGGCUGCUGAUUUUUCCAGCACCACAGACCAGCAGAGUGAUGUCUUUAGUCAUCCAUUUGGAAAACUCAGCACAAAAAACAUGAUCCUCACUGGUCUGAAUCAGCAGAACAAGGAUCUGUUUCUAUAUAAAUCUCUCUCCUUCUAUCUCUUCUCUAAUCCUCUCCUUCUCUUCCACUUCACUACAGUGGUUGUAUUUCCUGUUUCUACCUCUGCACUUUGUUGUAUCUUUCUUUUCUUGCAUUAACUUGUACAUUGACAUCAAUGUUUUGACCCUAACUGGCUGAAUUAAAAACAGCUCAAACUGAUAACAUUAAAAAAUAAAUGUAUGUUGCACAAAUACAUUUCCCUGCACAGUGCAAGCUACUGUAUGCAUAAAUACAUAUUUGAUUUUCAUCUCAUUGUCUUUUUAUUUGGUCUCAGUCAUGUGUAAUAUAGAGAAAUCCAACCCACUUGUUUUAUGUUUUUUUUUCUGUAAAGCCUUAGUCCUUGUAUUUGAUUUUAUUUUUGUAGACAUGAUUUUAAUAAAAGGAUGAAUAAAUUAUUUUCUGUUUUGUUUUAAAAUGGGUGCGUGUGUUAGCCGCACAGAGGGCAAACACAUUUUGUUUCUGCUUUUGUGCGAUUAAAAAAAGAAGAAACUGGACAAAUAAAAUGCCCCAAGUGGA